AUGUCUAAUUGGAGUUCUGAUCAUGAAGUUGAUCAAAUGGUAGAGGAGGAAGUUGAUAGUAUAGUGGAAGGGAUUCAGUACAACUACACUAAAGAGGAAGAACCACCAGCUCCAAUAUUUCGACGAGUGCACAUAAAUAGAGACCGCGAAGAAGGCCACACUCGGCUACGGAAUGAUUAUUUUGGUGAGAAUCCGACUUACACUCCCGCUAUGUUCCGCCGUCGCUUUAGAAUGAACAAACCAUUGUUCGAAUGCAUAGUCAGUACUAUUGAGAAUGGAGUCCCGUACUUCAGACAAAGACGAGAUGCUACUGGAAGGCUCGGUCUUUCUGCACUUCAAAAAUGUUCUGCAGCUAUACGUAUGAUGGCAUACAGAUGUUUGGCAGAUGCGGUGGAUGAAUAUUUACGACUAGUUGAAACAACCGCACACAAAUGCCUUGAAAAUUUUGUAGACGGAGAUAUCCAUCUAUUUGGAGACGUUUAUCUCAGACGACCUACAGCGGAAGACCUCCAAAGAUUACUGAAUAUUGGAGAACAACGCGGUUUCCCCGGAAUGGUGGGGAGCAUAGAUUGUAUGCAUUGGGAGUGGAAGAAUUGUCCAACUGCAUGGAAAGGACAAUAUUCACGUGGAUCUGGAAAACCGACAAUCGUACUAGAGGCAGUGGCAUCCCAAGAGUUAUGGAUUUGGCACGCAUUUUUCGGACCACUGGAGGGCCGAGCUCCAAGAGUUUCAUACGUUGUCAAUAGACAUCAAUACGAAAUGGCGUACUACUUCACUGACGGUAUUUAUCCCAAAUGGACAACUUUCAUCCAAUCAAUUACACUACCACGUGGCCGAAAAGCUAAACUCUUUGCUCAAUGUCAAGAAGCAUGCCGUAAAUAUGUAGAGCGUGCCUUUGGAGUCUUGCAAGCUCGAUUUGCAAUCGUGAAGAAUCCCACACUUUUUGGGAUAAAGGAAAAAUAG